AUAACAUAACCUCCAAUAAGUAAAUUGUUUUUAGAAAUUUAGUAUAUUGCUGUGAAUGAAAUUAGUAUACAGUAGUAUAAAAUGGUGUUUAUUUGCGUUUUGUUUAUAAAUUUGCUAUUUGCUGCUGCCCAAGACUCUGGCUACUGUGAUGCUUCCUCAAAAAGUUGCGAUCUUAACGUAGACGAACAAAAACUCAUUUUCUAUGAUGUAAAUCCACCAGAAGGCUUCAAUUUACGUCGUGAUGUAUACAUGAGAUUCGCUAUAAUGCUCGCCGAAGCCCAGAAGCAUGGAAAACGGAAGAACUGGCAGUUAGUUUUGCCACCUUGGUAUCAUUUAUACCAUUGGAAAAUAUCACGCAACCCGACUCCAUGGGGCUCUUUCUUCGACUUAAACUCUCUUAAAUCGUACGCCCCUGUAACUGAAAUGUACGAGGUGAUGAGUAAAACUCCUAAACUAACCAUUGACAGAUUAUAUGUACUCCAAAACUACGAAGAUGCAUUUGAAGGUGGCCAUUUUAAAGAGAAGUGGGAAAUUAGUAAAGAAAACUGUCACUACGAAGGUUUUUGGGGCUACAACAAUAUAACAGUAACAGAGAAGAUUUGCGUUAAAUUUCAAGGGAAAAUUUCCAAAUUAUGGGAGCUAGUACAACUCCAUCAGAAGGACACUAAAAUAAUGUUUUCACACGGAGAAAUACCGUUACACGACUCUUAUGGUACUAAAAGUUUUUGGGACUGCAGACGGAGCAUGAAAUUUAACAAUAACCUGAUGCAAAUUGCAUCAAAAUACAUUGCAGAUAACUUGAAUUGUGAUACUACAAAGUGCACUACAUAUUUAAGCAUACACUGGAGAAGGCAAGACUUCAUUUACGGUAGAAAAGAUUUUGCGCCAUCUAUUGAGGGUACAGCUAAACAAAUAGACACAGCAAUCAAAAAUAACAAUUUAAAAAUUAAUAAAAUCUUCAUAGCUACCGACGCAUUUAAAUCAGAAAUAGAAAAACUGGAAGAGCAAUUAAAAACACUUAAUUAUAAUCCGUUUCUAUACAUACCUACUAGAAAAGAUAUAGAAUUAUAUGGAGAUGGGGGGAUAGCGAUAAUAGAACAAAUAAUAUGUUCCCGGAGUUCAUAUUUUAUAGGAACUCAUGAAAGUACAUUUACAUUCCGUAUUCAAGAAGAACGAGAGAUCUUAGGGUUUGAUAGUAAAACGACUUUUAACCGUUUGUGUCCAGACAAGGGGAAAUGUGAUAAGCCUUCAAAGUGGACUAUCGUACAUUAACACUCGUGCAAUCCACCUAGGGUUGCCAUAUGGAAGAAUUAAAAGUGCUGAUAAAAAUCCGGAUAUCACCCUAAAAAUCCGGACAUUUCUUGUAGCAGAGAUUUGGCAUAGCUUGAACGACGCCCCGGCGGCGCGCUGCUCUCUGUGGUGUACUGUAUCGUGGAUCUACUUUUCCCUUUCCCUUCGCCCGAUCUCGUAGCCCCCUCCCCGGGCGCGCAUUUUAUUUUUAUAAGGUCAUUCCUAAAAAUCCGGACACAUGCCAAGUCCGGCCGCAAUCCGGACAAAGGGUCAAAAAUCCGGACAUGUCCGGACAAAUCCGGACGUAUGGCAACCCUAACUCCACCACCAAAAUCUUGAUAAUUUCACUGCAGGAUGGGGUUGAGAGACCCCAUGCAAAGUACUGACUCCUAUAGUUAUUGACCAGUAUAUAAAAAUCUACUCUCAAAUGGCUCCUUAAGCCUCUCUCUCACUCUCUAUUGCAUCUCACUCUCUCAUUAAGCAAAAUGUGAGAUGGACUCAUUGGACAAAGGAAUUGGAUUGGUCGUAUACCACGCCAAGUAAAUAGUUUAGAAGCUGUUGCAUAAUAUCAAAUAGUAUUGACAUAUUGAUGAAAAUAAUUUGUACCUAAUUUUAUACAUUUAUUUUAUAUUAUAUUCAAUCUUUAAUGAGAAUCUUGAUUUCUCUUA